CAUGGGUCUCGUGGCUUGUCGGUUUGUCCUUACUCGACUGGAAUCCGUUAUGAUUUUCAGAAUGCUCCUUGGAGUGGGACACAGGGCCAUCUUGAUUGCCGAUGGUAGGACCCGCUAUUUUGGUCUUGGACUUCGCCCCUUGUUCAGAACCUCGUUGACCACGGGUAGUUGGACUUGCAGUUUUUUGCUUGUGUUUGGCGAUUUCAUGUUUGGGUGAGCUAGCCAAUGAAAUAAUCUUUCUAUAGGCCUCUUGAUAAUAAUCCUUCUGUUUAUCUUUGCUCCGUGAUGCUGUAGGCGGUUCCCGGUCGAACUUCCCUCGAACUUUCCGCCAAUAUUGCUCACGGUCUUUGUCUGUCGAGUUUGGUGAUUCGCGAUCCGACGCACCAGGGGACCGUUUCAUCUGACCAUGCCUUUUGA